AUGACAGUGAUGAUUCAUGUCUGGGAAGCAGCUUUUUGUGCCUUGGGAGACCUCUUUGUGGGAUGUGCCCUUGAUUUGGACUUUGUCUGCUUCAUAAUUAAAGUUUUAGCCUAUGAGGAGCUUCCCAUGACUCUUCAGAGACACAAACAGCAUGCAAAGAAGAGUGGCCACAUUGCAUCAGACAUAGGAAGCCAUUGGGAAUCGGGACGAUUUAUGAUUGGGCCGUAUGAUGGCCCAUUUUGGGCAUCGAUAUUUCCUUUUGUUCGGUAA